CCUGUGUUUACAGCUGCACUGACGCUCCGCACCUGAAGUCCGUCAACCGUCAACCCGGACAUCAUCCCACCUUUUUUUCUAGUUUUAGUGAAUGUGUCCGGGAGGCAGCGUACUUGUCUGCACCGUGCUGAAGGAGCGGGCUGCCGGAGGCUGCGCAGCCGCACAGGAGAGGCCAUGGCCGGGCUGCUGCUGCUGCUGCUCGGGGGGCUGCUGGAGGUCUGCAGCUGCGUGUCCGCGAACAGGGGGGGAUAUCCCUCCUUCACAGACGAAAUCCCCUUCAAAAUCAGCUGGCCGGGAUCUGAGUUCACGCUGGUACAAAUGCCUAAUACAGGUGUACUUUACAAAGAAGAGGACUUCGUGAUUAUGACAACAACAGAGAAAGAGAAGUACAAAUGCAUGCUGCCUUCUGUGGCAACUGGAGAUGAGGGUGACGAUAAGCUGUACGGUGGACCCAGUCCAGGCAAACUGCUCGAGCCGCUGUUCAAACGAAGCAGCUGCUCCUACAGGAUUGAGUCUUACUGGACGUACGAGGUUUGCCACGGGAAGCAUGUGAGACAAUAUCAUGAAGAGAAGGAGACCGGCCAGAAAAUGAGCGUUCAAGAGUACGUCCUGGGGGAUAUGGCACAGAGGAGCCAAUCAGCAGAGACAGAGAGAGAAAAUGCCGAAGCAGAAUCAGAAAUGGAAGUGUCCACUAAGAACAUCGAGGGCCAGCUGACCCCUUACUACUCACUGGACAUGGGGAACGGGACGCCCUGCGUCCUGAAACAGAACAAACCUCGCUCCACGUCCGUGCUGUACGUCUGCCACCCAGAGGCCAAGCAUGAGAUCCUGUCUGUGGCGGAGGUGACCACGUGUGAAUACGAGGUGGUGGUGUUGACCCCGCUGCUGUGUGCCCACCCCAAGUACAGGUUCAAGUCCUCCCCGGUGAAUGCCAUCUUCUGCCAGGCGAUGGCUGGAUCCCCUCUGCGGCCUCAGCGGCUUUCUCAACUGGACAAGGAGCAGGAAGAGCAGCUGAAGCCGCCUUUCAGCAGCUCCACCGCCGACACCAGAGAGGAGGAGGCGGCGGCGGCGCCGGUCAGGGAGGAAUCCUUCACCUCCACUCACAGACCCAUGACGGUUGGAGGGCAGGCCCAGGUCACCGUCGGCACCACUCACAUCUCCCGCUUGACGGACGACCAGCUGAUCAAGGAGUUCCUCAGUGGCUCGUACUGCUUGCACGGAGGGGUGGGUUGGUGGAAGUACGAGUUCUGUUAUGGGAAGCACGUCCAUCAGUACCACGACGACAAGGAGCAAGGGAAGAACAUCGUGGUGGUGGGGAACUGGAACGCAGGGGAGCACACUGACUGGGCCAAGAAGAAUGUCGCCCGCUCGUUCCAGCUCAAAGAUGACGGAGUGCAGAAAGUCAAGUUGGUUUCCCAUUUUUAUGGUCACGGGGAUAUGUGUGAUCUGACGGGGAAGCCCAGACAGGUCAUUGUCAAGCUGAAAUGUAAGGAGUCAGAGUCCCCCCACGCUGUCACAGUCUACAUGCUGGAGCCUCAGACUUGUCAGUACAUUCUUGGGGUUGAGUCUCCAGUUAUAUGCAGAAUUCUUGAUACAGCCGAUGAAAACGGACUUCUGUCGAUCUCCAGCUAGACUGAAAAGAUCCUACUACAGCAGCGGUGCAUGAAGGACGAGAGGACACUUAUUAAACGGAAGCUUGUUUGGUGGAAGAGAUGGCCAUAAGACUCGUGCUGAAAGCCAAACCUGAGGUUUAACCCGCCCCUGAGCCUGGACUUCAUGCAGAGCUCCAAACCAUGCACUGGUCUGUGCAGCUGCGGAUGCUACAUCAGUGGAUUUCAGCACACUGGUUUUUGUGCAAGGAGCAAAAAGGGGCUGAUUCUUAACCCAGUGGAUCUACGCCUCAACUUUAUAUCUGUGCUUUGUUUUUGUGUUAAUAACACAAAGAAGUGAUGAAUCAGGGGUUUUGCAGUCAUCAGGGGAAUCUACUCUGUUCAUGGUGGUUUUAUUGUUUCUGAAUUUGCGUGCGUGUGAUAUGAAUGAUUAACUGCUUGAAUGUGGCACUUUGUACUUGUAGAGAAAAGAAAAAGAAAUGCAAGGCUGGGGACUCUUGCAGCAGGGACAAUGUGUGCUCCUAAUUUACUAGAUGAAUGAGUGUAACUUAUGCAUUCGAGUGUGACUGUGGAACAAAACGGUGUGUUUAAGAUUUCAUUUAAGUUUGUAGAAUGUUCAGAAUGUCUGUGUGUUCAUUUCAGAGGUAUUCUGUGGUUUUAUGAAGAUACACACUGGGAUUGUUAAAAUUGCUGUAUUGCAACCAAUGCAUAUGCAGCAAAGAAUAAACAUGAGACUUCAUUUA